UUAUUCAGUCCAAAGAGCAAGGAACGGGAAUUUUUUUUUUGGAAACGGUAGUGAGGUGUAGCUGCUCUUAAUGGUGGGCAAUAAAAAAAAUUAGAUAUUUUCCUUUUGAAAAAUGAUUAAAAUUAAUUAAUAGAGUGAAACUUAUAAAUUGCCAUUAAUUUAAACAAAUUUUAAGUGAAAAAAAUUAAAAUAAAAACCCAAAUAUUACAAAAAAUAAAUAGAUUAAGAAAGGUGAUAUAAAAACGAGAAAGAAAAAGGAAAAAAUUAAAAUUAUAAAAGCAAUGCACUGUGAACAAAGUAGACGAUAAGACAAGCAAUACAGCAAAAACAACAACAAAAACAAUGGAGCAACAAAUGCCUUUCACUACCACAGCGAAGCAUAAUGAAGAAAACCUAGUGGAACUGGAUACAUUGGGCAUAAUGAACAAUGCGAAUACGCACAAAGAAAUACGACUGCCUAUUAUAGGCAUGACAUGUCAAAGUUGUGUAAGAAACAUUGAGGGCAAUAUUGCCACAAAACCAGGUAUUAUCACAUGCAGGGUGGAGCUGGCCGAAAAUGCUGGCUACUUUACCUACGAUAGCUCACAAACAACUCCCUCAAAAAUUGCCUACGAAAUUGACGAAAUGGGCUUUGAAUGCUCAUACGAUGAAAAUGUAAAUAAUGGACAAACACAACAAACAAAUGGUGAAGCUUAUGACAAAUGUCUGGUGAGGAUUAUUGGCAUGACCUGUCAAAGUUGUGUGAAAAAUAUCGAGGGUAAUAUAGGCAGCAAACCGGGCAUCAAGUCAAUCAAGGUUAGUUUGGAAGACAAACAGGCUGAAGUGGAAUUUGAGCCAGCCAUAUUGAAAGCCCAAGAGGUGGCCGAAAUGAUUGAUGAUAUGGGUUUCGAGGCAAGUGUGUUGGAUAAUAACUCUAGUACAAAUUCUGCCAAAAAUAGUCCCAAAGUAGCAAACAAGCAAAAGUCUUUAACUCCUCUCACCUCACCCAAAAAACCGAAUUCAGCCAAUGGCCAUGCCACUGCAUUGGCCAUUGAGGAUGAGCUGUUAUCCAAGUGUUUUCUGCACAUACGUGGUAUGACUUGUGCCAGUUGUGUGGCUACCAUAGAAAGACAUUGCCGCAAAAUCUAUGGCAUAGACAGUGUAUUGGUGGCAUUAUUGGCUGCCAAGGCGGAAGUUAAAUACAAUGCAAAUGUCAUUACACCCGAAAGUAUAGCUAAAUCGAUAACAGAAUUGGGUUUUCCCUCGGAGCUGCUAGAAGAACCCAAUAGUGGUGAGGCUGAGGUAGAGAUAGAAAUUAAGGGCAUGACUUGUGCUUCCUGCGUUAAUAAAAUCGAGACUCAUGUGGGUAAACUGAAAGGUGUGACGGCUGCCACGGUUACUUUAUUAACAAAAAGGGGCAAAUUCCGCUACAAUACCGAACUCACUGGACCCCGCAACAUAUGUGAAGCCAUCGAACAAUUGGGCUUUGAAGCCCAUCUACUUUCCGGCAAAGACAAAAUGGCCCACAGUUACUUAGAGCACAAAGAGGAGAUACGCAAAUGGCGUACCGCCUUUCUUAUUUCUCUCAUCUUUGGUGGACCCUGUAUGAUUGCCAUGAUCUAUUUUAUGGCUGAAAUGGGCAAAAGAGGACAUGCCAAUAUGUGUUGCAUAGUGCCGGGACUGUCGAUGGAAAAUCUGGUCAUGUUUUUACUCUCCACACCGGUGCAGUUCUUUGGUGGUUGGCAUUUCUAUGUACAGUCCUACAAGGCCAUAAAACAUGGCACCACCAACAUGGAUGUGUUAAUUUCCAUGGUGACUACCAUCUCUUAUAUUUACUCGGUGGCAGUGGUUAUAGCGGCCAUAUUAAUGGAACAAAACUCUUCGCCAUUGACAUUUUUCGAUACACCACCCAUGUUGCUGAUAUUCAUAUCACUGGGCAGAUGGUUGGAGCACAUAGCCAAGGGUAAAACUUCAGAGGCUUUGUCCAAGCUGUUGUCUUUGAAGGCGGCCGAAGCGGUUUUGGUGGAAAUCUCUAAGGAUUUUGAAAUCACUUCGGAAAAAGUGAUUUCUGUGGAUUAUGUACAACGCGGAGAUGUUUUGAAGGUUAUACCGGGCGCCAAAGUGCCAGUGGAUGGCAAGGUUUUAUAUGGCCACUCAACCUGCGAUGAAUCGCUGAUUACCGGCGAAUCUAUGCCGGUGGCUAAACGCAAAGGUGCUGUAGUUAUAGGUGGCUCCAUCAACCAAAAUGGUGUACUUUUAAUAUCAGCCACUCAUACUGGUGAGAAUACUACACUGGCUCAAAUAGUGCGCUUGGUGGAGGAGGCUCAAACCUCUAAAGCCCCCAUACAACAGUUGGCCGAUAAAAUUGCGGGCUAUUUUGUGCCAUUUGUGGUGGUAGUCUCAAGUGUGACUCUGAUAGGCUGGAUAAUAGCGGGUUUCAUAGACCCUGGCUUGGUGCCAGUAGCCAUGGAACACAAGGCCCACAUGGACACAAACACCAUAGUGGUGAGCUAUGCAUUUAAGUGUGCUUUAAGCGUUUUGGCUAUAGCCUGUCCCUGUGCUUUGGGUUUGGCUACACCCACGGCCGUAAUGGUGGCUACUGGUACGGGAGCCAUAAAUGGUAUUUUGGUAAAAGGAGCCACUGCCUUGGAAAAUGCUCAUAAGGUUAAAACUGUGGUCUUUGAUAAAACGGGCACUAUUACCUAUGGCACCCCCAUGACUUCAAAGGUCAUUAUGUUUGUCAAGCCUGCGGUGUGCAGUUUAGCUAGAGCUCUCACUAUUGUAGGAGCUGCUGAAGCCAAUAGUGAACAUCCCAUAGCCUCGGCCAUUGUACGAUUUUCCAGGGAAAUGUUGUCUCAAGAAUCUUUGGGUAAAACUGAAAAUUUCCAGGCUGUUCCUGGCUGUGGUAUUAAAGUUAUGGUCUCUCAUUAUGAUACGGCCUUAAGACAAGCUUGCAAUGCUGAAAAAAUCAUUAAUUUCGAAAAUAGUUAUCGUUCACAUGGCCAUAAUCUACAACAGGCUCCCAUCCAACUGGAAAAUGGUGUUUCCAUUACUGAACUUAUAACCGAUACAGAUGAAACUCAACGUAAACUAGCCGCUCAGCAACAGCAACAUUUACAACUGCUACAAUUAGAUGAUAACUCCUCUAACACUGACAAUGUGGGUGAUGUUAAUGCUAUCUUGGCUAAUGAAAUCAAUGUACUUAUCGGUAAUCGCGAAUGGAUGCUGCGUAAUGCCAUUAAUGUUUCCAGUGAAAUCAAUAGUGCCAUGACUGAGGAGGAAUCCAAAGGUCAUACGGCUGUAUUGUGUGCUUUGAAUGGUCAGCUGGUGUGUAUGUUUGCUGUGUCGGAUAUGGUAAAGCCAGAGGCUCAUUUGGCGGUUUACACUUUAAAGAAAAUGGGCAUUGAAGUUAUAUUGCUGACGGGAGAUAAUAAGAAUACAGCAGCUAGUAUAGCCAGAGAGGUGGGCAUAACCCGUGUCUUUGCUGAAGUUUUGCCCUCACACAAGGUGGCCAAAAUCCAGAGCUUACAAGAGUCUGGCAAACGUGUGGCCAUGGUGGGUGAUGGUGUCAAUGACAGUCCUGCUUUGGCACAAGCCGAUGUUGGUAUUGCUAUAGCGGCCGGCACAGAUGUGGCUGCUGAAGCGGCCGAUGUGGUGCUCAUGCGUAAUGAUCUCUUAGAUGUGGUGGCCUGUCUAGAUUUGUCGCGUAAAACUGUAAAGCGCAUACGAUACAACUUCCUCUUUGCCAGUAUGUACAAUCUUUUGGGUAUACCCUUGGCCUCUGGUAUAUUCGCUCCCUUCGGCAUAACCCUACAGCCCUGGAUGGCUUCUGUGGCCAUGGCGGCCAGUUCGGUGUCGGUGGUGUGCUCUUCGCUGCUACUGAAAUUCUAUCGCAAACCCAAUGCGACCUCUUUACGCACGGCUGAAUAUAUGCAAUAUGUGGCCACCUCUAAAGAACGUGAACCAGAUCAACUGUCCUUGCAUAGAGGUUUGGAGGAUUUACCCAGACGUCGUGCUUCCAGCUCGUCCUUGCUAUCGCGCAUUCUGCUACGCUCUGGCAGCGUUAAAAUGGAUCCCAAUCAAGACUCUUUGUUGUCCGGUGACGAUAGUGGUGAUUAUAUACAAGCAAAAAUUGUUAAAACUAAAAAUAUACAAGACGUUACAGAAAUGCAAAAACUAUAGACUUUUUAAAGAACGUUUUUUUUUUGUUCUGCUGAACCGUCAUUUAUUAUACAAUAAGGCAAGCAGUCAUUAAAACAAAUUAUUUGUUGUUAUUCAUUUAAAAUAUGAACUGUUUCAUUUUUUUAUUAUCUUUUAUUAAUAUAUUAAAUAAAUUUUCCUUAUGUAUUUCUAUUCCUUUCGAAAAUUUCCUUAAUUAAUUGGAAACUAAUUUGUUAAUUUUAUGUUUUUGUUAAAUUUUUUUUUUGUUUUUUUUUUAAACAUACAAAUGCAUCAAAAGAUAUCUAAAACAACACUAAGCCAAUAAUUAACUGUGAAUAUAUUAAGAUUGAUUUAAAUUUAUUAUAUUGUAUUUUUGUGUAUAUUGUUGUAUUAACAACUAUAAAAUUUAGAAAAAAAAAACACUUUUGUAAAUGACCAGCAAUGUUUUUCCAGGCAUAUGCUCAAAAAAAGAAAAUACAAAGUACUAUAUUAUUGUUAUAAAUCAUAAAAAUAUUUUUUUAUACGAAUCCUUAAACAUAUAUAAACAAAAAAAAAAUAAAGACCCCAUAACCAGUAAAUUGUAAAAAGAUAAA